AUGUUGGAAGCUAGACUCGACCAGGCCGAUAUCCUGAAGAAGGUUGUCGAUGCUAUCAAGGACCUCGUCCAGGACUGCAAUUUCGACUGCAAUGACUCCGGCAUUAUGCUCCAGGCCAUGGACAACUCGCAUGUUGCCCUGGUGUCUAUGGCUCUCAAGACCGAGGCCUUCUCCCCCUACCGCUGUGAUCGCAACAUAGCGCUUGGUGUCAACCUGGGGUCGCUGACCAAGGUUCUCCGCGCUGCUCAGGGUGACGACGUUCUGACGCUCAAGGCAGAGGACGCACCCGACAGCCUGAACAUUCUCUUUGAGAGCUCCGAGAACGACCGCAUCAGCGAGUACGACCUCAAGUUGAUGGACAUCGAUCAGGAGCAUCUGGGUAUCCCCGAGACGGACUACGCUGCAACGAUCACCAUGCCUAGCAGCGAGUUCAAGCGUAUCUGCAUGGACCUGAUGGCCAUGAGCGAGUCAGUGACGAUCGACGCAAGCAAGGACGGUGUCAAGUUCGCAUGCAACGGCGAUAUCGGCAACGGAUCCGUCACCCUUCGAAGCCACACCAACGUCGACAAGCCCGAGCUCAACGUCGACAUUGCCCUGUCGGAGCCCGUGUCGCUGACCUUCUCCCUCAAGUACCUGGUCAACUUCUGCAAGGCCGCCGCCAUUUCCAAGCAGGUCAAGAUCUGCCUGUCAAACGAGGUACCGCUGCUGGUCGAGUACACUCUGGUGGGCCAGAGCUACCUGCGCUUCUACCUGGCGCCCAAGGCAAGUUUACCCGAGACGCUUGUUGCAGAAUCGCGACUAACGAGGACGUCUAUUUAG